AUGUCAGCAGGAGUAGAGGAAGGAGGGGGAGCAGCAGGCAAACGAGCCGCGAUUGGCGGAGAGGAUGAGAAAUCUGCUGAUUCGAUUCGCAAGUACGAGAUCUGCAAGAGGUUGAUUCAGAGGCCGCCGCUUGUGUGCGCGCAUGGGGGCGAUUCGUUCUCCGCCCCUCCCAACUCGCUGGCAGCGCUCGAGAGGGCGGUGGCGGCGGGGGCAGAUGCGGUGGAGGUGGACGCGUCUCUCACUGCUGAUGGGCAUCUGGUGGCGUUGCAUGACAGGGAUGUACAAUCUCUCCUCAACGACCCAUCAGCAAGGGUCCCCUCCCUUGUCUUCUCUCAAAUACGCCAGCUGGAUUUAUCACCUCUGUGGCCUGCUACCUCUCCUCGCGAUGCUGCAACGCACCAACUUCCUGUUCUCACGUUGCAGCAGGCGCUACAGGCUCUCAUUGGCCGAGUGAAGCACAUUACUGUGGAUGUCAAGAUUGCCACGUCAGCAAUCGCUGAGAACAGGCACAUGGCACAGCGGCUUUUGAACGUGUUUGAAAGGGUCGGUGGGUGUGCCGAGUGCCUUGUGUGGUCCAAGGAAGAUCAGUUCAUCCGCCACUUGUCGCGCAUCCAGCCGUCCAUCAAGACUGGGUACAUAGUGUGGAGGAACUUCAAGACUGGAGUUGUGAAUGGGUUGCUGCGUCGUGAGUCGUCGCAUGUGGUGGGACUGGCGGAGAGCCUUGCUACAUUACAAACGGUCAAAGAUGCCCAUAAGUAG